GACGAAUUCUUCAAAGAUGACACGUUUGACGUUUACGUCGUUGUCAACUUUACAUUUCGUAAAAAAGACGUCUUAAUGAAUCAAUCAUCUUUGAUUUAUUAUACUUAUUUAUAAUCAUACGUUACACACCUGCCGUGUGAAACAAACUUGGAAACUUUCAUGUAAAUAUAUUUUUCAUACUUUUUGAAAACGGUAUUAAUAUAACAAAAAUAUUAAAAUGCCACUUAACAUAGAAGAUCUAUCAUUUAGUGGUGAUAAUCCUGGUGCAGCUAGAUUUGGCAAUUUUAUUAACUAUUACUCUUUUCACACCUCAAAAGAAAGAAUUAAAAAAUUACAUCCUAAAAUGUUUCCACCAACAGACAGUGAACAAAUACAUUGCUUAGACAUAGGCUGUAACAGUGGAGAACUAACAGAGGAAUUAUAUGUUUACUUGAAAAACAUUUAUCCUACUUCGGAAAUAAAAAUUUUAGCCAUUGACAUAGACCCCACUUUAAUAGAGAGAGCACAGGAAAGAAACACUAAUAGAAAUAUAUCGUUUGCUACAUCAGAUAUAACAACAGAAAUAGGUUGUAAAUUAAUAAAAGACUACAUACAAAACGAAAAUAAGGAUAAGUUUGACAUAGUAUUCUGUUUUUCGGUAACAAUGUGGAUACAUAUUAACAAUGGUGAUUUAGGUUUACAAAGCCUUUUAAAAUUUAUCAAGGUAAAUUCCAGAUGUGUCAUCAUAGAGCCACAACCAUGGAAAUGUUAUAAAAAUGCACAGAGACGAAUGAAAAGAUCUGGUAAAUGUUUUGAAUUAUUUAAUUCUUUACAAGUUAGAGAUGAUGUCGACAAAGUAAUUGAAGAUAUUUUAACUGAUGACACAUACGUAAAAGUUUAUGAAUCAUCUCCUUCCUCAUGGAAUAGAAUAAUACAAAGUUACUUCAUAAAAGAAUGAUCACAGUUUACCUUCGUUAUGUACAAUUUUUCACUUAAAAUAAAAAUAAUAAUGUUUG